UUUGGAUGAAGAAGUCUAACUUUUUUUUUUUUUUCUGAAAGAUACCUUAAACUUUUUCUUAAGAGUUUUCGUAUUAAUUGGUUUAAAUAUUUCGUUAUAUGUUAUCAAAAUCAAGGUACUCGAUUAUUUUUUGUCUUUAUCAUUGCUAGAUAAAACGUUUUCAACUGGAGACCUUCUGUUAGUCGUUAUAAACUUUUCAAAAUACAAUAGUCUAAUUGCUAAAAUGAUUCUGUUGCUAUUUCUUUUGUUAAUAAGUUUCUCAGAAUCGUUUAAAAUGUGGGAGAUGGCAAUUCGGGUUGAUCCCAAACAGGAGUCCUGUUUUCAUCACGAAUGGAGUCGAAACCGAAGUGUAAGUUUUACAUAUUACGUCAAACACGGAGGUCAAGGCGAGCUCGAUAUCAGUUUUGUGCUAUUUGAUCCUAACGGUGCAUUGAUGAUAAAUGAUCUGAAACAAAGAGGGAAAAACACAAUAAUUUCUACAACCCUUGAUGGUGAUUACAUAUUCUGUUUCGACAACUCCCACAGCAGCGUCAACAGCAAAAUCGUCUAUUUUGAGUUUUUUGACUUAAACGGAGAUACAGGUGAAGCAGCUUCGUAUGAAUUUCAACCAGAAGACAAUGUUGGACUUCCCGAUAAAUUUUUGGAAAUUGUGGAUAAAGUCGAUUACAGUUUGGCCGCAGUCAGAAUUUCUCAGAGACAGUCCAGGAUGACAGAGACAUGGGACAACUACAUCAUAGAAAGGAAAAGUUCUACCAUCAAUCAAUUUUCGGCGGCUCAGUUGGUCGUAAUGCUGUUCGCUGGGGUUGUGCAAGUGAUUUUGAUAAGAAGUCUGUUUGACGAAAGAUCCAGAAUACACAAGAUAUGGAGAACAAAAUAAUUUAGCCUUCGCUUUAGUUCUUGAU